UGGCGAUAUUUUUGUGCAAGUUGUGAAAAUUUUCCACCACAAUUUUUUACUCACUAGUGUAUGGCGAUCUAAAAAGCCGGAAAAUUUAUAGGAAUCAUAAAACGGACGCGAUGAGCUAUCAGAUAACACUGCAGGAUUGCAUCAACGAUAAUACCUUCGAUAUCGAUGCAUUCGAAAGAGCCAUCCAGCAACAGGUUCCGCAAUAUUUUCAGAACUUGGCGGAGGAAAAUCCCCAGCUUGGAUCGCUCGAUUUAGUGCUAGCCUCGGUUAAUGGAGAGGAAACGACAGCAGCAGCAGCCGGGCCUGGAACUGGCUCCGGUGGCAUCCGGAGUCGAGCCGGUUCUAGCUCCGGCAGUGGAAGCAGCAGUAGUGAAAAUAGUAUUCUGAUUGAAUUUGAGAAAAUUGAUGAACAGGAGGACGGAGGUAAUUAUGAAAACAAUACUCUAAACGAAGAAGGAGAGCCAUCGCAUGCCACAAUCACAAUCGAGGGACCUGACAACCAAGUGCUGGCCCGUUAUCGUUGUAAUUAUGGUAGCUGCAAUCGGAGCUACAGUACAGUGGGAAACUUACGCACUCACAUGAAAACUCAUCGAGGUGAAUAUAAGUUUAAAUGCACGGAAGAUGGUUGCAGUAAGGCGUUCCUGACCUCCUAUAGCCAAAAAAUUCACAUCAGAGUGCACACCAAAAUCAAGCCGUACGUAUGCCCGGAAAGUAACUGUAAGAAGGCGUUCAACACCCGAUAUCGUUUGAGAGCACACCAGCGGUUACACAAUGGCGAAACCUUUAAUUGUGAAGUUUGCUCAAAGUUUUUUACUACGCUUAGUGACCUGAAGAAGCACUCGCGGGUUCACACUCAGGAAAGACCCUACAAAUGCAAAGAGGACAAAUGUGGUAAGGCCUUUACCGCUUCACAUCACUUGAAAACUCACAUCCGUACGCAUUCGGGAGAAAGGCCAUUUUCAUGCGCCGUUUCGGACUGUCACAAAGCGUUUAGCACACCGCACAGUUUAAAAUCUCACACCAAAACGCACGAAAAAACUAAGAAGAAACCCUCAAAACUAUCCAAAAAACAAAGAAAACUAGAGCAAAUCACCAAAGCAGACGGAAGUGCAAUCAAAGUGGAAUCAUCCCAGGAUUUGAUGCUCGAUGAUGAGAUCCCACCAUUGGAACCGGAACCGGCUCAAUCAGCAGAGGAACCUGUAAACUUGUCUGACCAACAGGAGGCUCCGUUUAGUUUGGCAGAUUUUCACGAAUCUAAGGCCUUGGAGAUGGCGCUGGCAUCGGAGGAGGAAUUCAAUGCACCGUGGGUAGAUAUUUCGGUACUGGAAUCGAAACCCUUAGCACUAGAUCCGGUAACGUCUUCCUGUGUGGCAUUGCCGACAAGUGUCCCUUCGUAUGUUGAUUUGCCGUUUAACGUGGGUGUGGCUGACUUUGCCGAACCCGAGCCGAACGGAAACAAUGUGGAAUUGUUUAUGCCAAAUUAUUAUAAUGAAAAUUUACUUGAGGAAAAUGUUCGCAAAGAAAUUGAUAAAGCAAUACAAAUAAGUGAGCGAAAUGUGGCUAACCAGGAGCAAAUGGGUAGUGAAGAUACAGACACUAUUCUGAAUGAACUUUUCUUGGAGGGCUUGCUGCCGAGCACAGAUCAAAUCCCAGACACUAACAACAACAAUAACAGCAACGCCAAUUGCAUGGGACCAGUCAAAACACUUAAGGACAUUACGGCAGAGGCAGACAUCUGUCGAUGCAUUAACUGCCGGUGUGAUCCACUGCAGGGUUGUGUCGGCGGAUGUGGUCCCGAUAGCCCUUGUAGACCGCACUCGGUUCCUAGUCAGCAGCAGCAGCAGCAGCCACAGCUAAUAGGCUCUCUUCAACCACAGAAUCAGCAGACUCAAGCAAUAACUAAAAGCAAUGAACAACUCAUCAGCACGAGGAAACAACCAGAAUUGCAACCUUCGGGCUGUUGUUCGUCACGAGCAUCAGCAUCGUCCGCAACGACGUCGGCCGAGCCUAUUUCCGAUCUGCUUUCGAGUUUGCUGGGUCAGCAGAGCUGCAGCUGUAGCGGAGGUCCAGCCGAAGGCCUCUCAAAAGGGUGCUGCGUUGUCAUUUGCCUUAAGACGCUGGAAACCCUGAAGAAAGUUCUCACCACGCAGCCCAACCUAAUUCGGUGCCAUAGUUCCAGUAGCACCAGUGCCAUUGCGAAUUGAAUGCAUAUUUAAAGCCCCGCUAAGCCGCCUCCGAGCAAUUGAACAAAGAUUAGUCAGAUAGGUUUUUUAGUGUUAUCUCUGUUUAAAAUGUCGUUUAUGAUUAUUAUUAUUAUUAUUAUUAUUAGUUUUUUGUUUUCCCUUAGUUACUAUUCGUAUUAAAACUUGUUUAAUAUCAAGUGCAAUUGAAGGCGGCCAAGCCGCCGUCAACGUUAUCUCUUCUAGAAGAGACUUUUUUAUCUUUUCAGCCAUCAACAACCAUAGUCAUGUCAGGAAAUUAUUUAUUCAAUUGCAACUUAGAUGCAAGAGAUGUGUUUGUGUUGCUUCGCAAUUACGCAUUUAUCUUUUAAUUAAACUUGGGUUCUUGAAGUUUGGUAAAAAUAAUAAAACAUUAAGUCUACGCUUGGAAACCAUUCGCAGUAAUAUCAACCCAUAAAAACAAAGGCAAACAGAGACGGGCAGUUUGAAGCAAUGCCCAGAUUUUAACAUGUAAAGAAAGCCGUUUUGCAUUGCUUUUUAACUCAUCCAGAAUCGAAGUAUUAAUGAAAUAAAAAUAGUAAUUUUUGGCAUACAAAUUUCUACCUAAUACAGAAGCAUAUAAGCGGUUUUGUAUUGGGAAAAUUGGCCUAUCGGUGAUAUCAUGGCGAAAUGGUAUCCAGCCAAUGAACUAACCUGCGCUGCAACUCACUCGUCUUAAAUUUUACAAAUAUUUAAUUUUAAUUUUCUCUAGCGAAAAUCCCAUCUUAAAGAAAAACUAUUUUUACUCUAUUUUCUAAAGCCAUCUGCCUAUGCCUGAUGCGUGUGAUGCUUUUAGCAGUAGUUUACAAACUGAUAUUG